UCGGCGAUAGAUACUUCUCUCGUGAUUGCACAGGGAGAAGCAUGAUGUGGAAGAUAUUUUUCUUCGCAUUCGUCGCUUUGGCGACAGCCGAGCAAGUGAAGUAUGACAACUACAAGGUAUUCCGUAUUGUGCCUAAGACGGCAGAACAAUUGGAAGCCAUAGAACAACUAGAAAAAUCUUCUGACGGCUUCUCUUUCUGGAAAGAGCCAAGCACCGUCGAGAACUUCGUGGAUGUGAUGGUUGCGCCCCACAAUAUCCCGAUGUUCCACGAUGUGAUGAAAACUUUGGAAGUCCCUUACGACACCUACGUCAGCGACGUUCAAACUUUAAUCGACAGUGAACAGCCGCCAGUUCAACCACUCGUCGCAUUCGACUUGAACAACUACCACAAACUCGAAGAGAUUUACUCUUUCUUGGACAAAUUGGCUCAAAACAAUCCCGGAAAGGUCCAAGUGAUCGAGGGUGGAAAAACGUACGAGGGUCGCAAGAUCAAAGGUGUGAAGAUAUCCUUCGGCAAGAACAAGCCUGGAAUUUUCAUAGAGGGUGGAAUUCACGCAAGGGAAUGGAUCACCACAGCUUCCAUUCUGUACAUAACAAACGAACUGUUGAACAGCAAGGACGCGAAUGUCAGACAACUCGCCGAAUCGCACGAUUGGUACAUCUUCCCUGUCUUAAACCCUGAUGGCUACGCUUACACACACAGCACGAACCGAAUGUGGAGAAAGACCCGCAAACCAUACGGCAGCUUUUGCUACGGAAGUGAUCCAAACAGGAACUGGGGAUACAAAUGGAUGUCUGGUGGCUCUAGCAGCAGCCCAUGCUCUGACACUUAUGCCGGAAGCUCUGCGUUCUCCGACGUCGAAACGAAAUCAAUGUCCGAAUAUAUCUCGUCUAUCAGCAACAAAUUCUACGCCUACGUCGCUUUCCACAGCUAUUCGCAGCUUCUCAUGUUCCCCUACGGUCACACUAAGCAACAUUUAGAAAAUUACAACGAGUCUCUUGAAAUCGGUAAAAAAACUAUCCAAGCUCUUGCCAAACGCUAUGGAACCACCUACAAGACUGGAAACAUCGCUGAAACUAUUUAUGUUGCAAGCGGAAGUUCAAUGGACUGGGUGAAGGGAACUUUCCACAAACCCGUAACCUUCACUUACGAGCUCCGAGACACUGGUCGUCAUGGUUUCUUGCUUCCACCUGAUCAAAUUGCCCCAACAGCACUCGAAACCCUGGACUCUUUGGUCGCUAUGUUCAAAGAAGCAAAGGCAAAAGGCUACGAAUAAACACAAUCUUAGGAUAGAUUG